CUUUUCCCCAAAUUCACUUCUCCACCGUUGCCACACACUCGCUUUUGCUUCAUUUCGCCGUUUCUGUUAAACAAACCAUUACCGUUUAUCGUUGUGAUCGGAUUUUUUACACUCUUUUCCGGCCGGGUUGUUGAAGUAACAAUGGUCGACGUAGACCGGAGGAUGACCGGACUGAAUCCGGCUCACUUAGCCGGACUCCGCCGUCUAUCCGCAAGAGCCGCCGCUUCUUCUCCGUCAACUCCGGUGCCUCCUCGGAAUAGUCUCCUUUCUUUCUCCUCCCUUGCUGAUAAAGUUAUAUCUCAUCUCAAGAGCUCUGGUAUUCAGGUUCAGGCCGGGUUGUCGGAUGUGGAGUUCGCUAGAGCUGAAGCAGAGUUUGGGUUUGCUUUUCCACCUGACUUAAAAGCUGUUCUCUCCGCCGGUUUACCUAUCGGACCCGGUUUUCCUGACUGGCGCUCUACCGGUCCGGCUCGGUUCCAGCUUCGUGCUUCGAUUGACUUACCCAUCGCUGCAAUUUCAUUCCAUAUAGCUCGUAAUGCUUUGUGGUCUAAGUCAUGGGGUCCUAGGCCAUGUGACCCAGAAAAGGCAAUUAAAAUAGCCAGAAAUGCUCUCAAAAGAGCUCCACUUCUGAUACCCAUUUUCAACCAUUGUUACAUUCCUUGUAAUCCUUGUUUAGCUGGUAACCCAAUUUUCUACGUGGACGAAAAUCGGAUUUUCUGCUGCGGAUUUGAUCUAUCCGACUUCUUUGAUCGUGAAUCAUCUUUGUUCCAAAGUGAUCCUCAGAUUCUUUCAAAACAACGCUCUUUAAGCGAAAAAUCAGCUGGUUCAUCAUCCACUUUCUCAAGGAGGAGCCUCGAUACACUCUCCGGUGGUCGGACGCCGCGUUGGGUGGAGUUCUGGAGUGAUGCUGCCGUAGAUCGAAGGCGGAGGAACUCAAAUUCGUCAUCGUCAUGUUCAACCUCACCGGAAAGGUACUUUGAAAUGCCCAAGUCCAAAAUGCCUAAUUGGGUCGACGAGUACGUAGAUAAUAUCGGGUCGGUUUUGAAAGAAGGCGGGUGGGCUGAAUCGGAUGUGAAGGAAAUUGUACAAGUUACAGCUUCUGGAUUCUUCGAAGGUGAAAUGAUAUUGUUGGAUAAUCAAGCGGUUAUGGAUGCUCUUCUUGUGAAAGCGGAUCGGUUCUCUGAUUCGCUCCGUAAGGCCGGGUGGAGCUCCGAAGAAGUUUCCUAUGCACUGGGUUUUGAUUAUCGACCGGAGAAGGAAAAGAAACCGGCUAAGAAGCUUUCACCGGAGUUAGCGGAAAGAAUCGGGAAAUUGGCUGAGUCGGUAACCCGUUCACGGUCAUCAUCAUAGAAUUGGUUAACCGGCUACCGGCAAACAUCGAGAUUCCUUUUUUCAUGUUCUUUUUUAGAUUUUCGAAACCUCGGGUUUGGUAUAUGCCUCUUUUUGGGUACAAUUGAUAUUCAGAGGCAAAAAAGAAACAAAUACGCGUUGAUGUAUUAUUAUUAAAAAAGUACAAAGAAUUUGAAAGAUGGAAAAAAUUAGGAGAAAGUGUAUU